UGUCACUCAGACAGAUCAUCAGUCAGAAAGGCUCUUUGCUUGGCUUCCACAGGGACCGAAAACCGCCACUCGCACCAGGUCCGGACAGACUUGGGGAAUCCAACCGACGACCAGCAGCAGGCAAGGGCAUCAAAAGUAGUGCUACCAUGGUUGCAGCGAUGAGGGUAGUGGUCUGCGUGUCCCUCUGGCUUUCCGUGUGUCAGGUCGGAGGCUCCCACAUCCCUGCAAAGAUGAACAGAACCAUCCAGAGCCUCCUGCAGCACUAUAGGAUUUCCAAUAAAGACAAGUUUAACGGGAAGCCCGUCUUCUCCAGAGAACCAAUGGCUGGCAGACUGGAGACAAAGAAGGUGUUUAUGGGUGGCGUUUUGGAGACGUACGAAAAGCUGAUUGGCCAUAUGCUGAACGAGCUGCCUACCCCGAGUCCCGAGACAGCUGGGAGCCAAGGGGGUCCCGCCGCUGCCAUCCCCGCUGCCCCCGGCACAGCCAGUGACGACGGGUCGCAAGCGGGCCGGACUGUCAGGGAGGACCUUAACUACAUCCUGAAGAAGGUCCAGGAGCUGAGGAGACACCACUACCAGGAGCAGGACAAGCUCCUGCAGGAGCUGCGGACCCUCGGACACAUCCAGAUGCAUAACCCCGCCAUCCAGAGCAAAGCCCUGUGGGAGCUGUCGUGGCUGUACGAGGAGGCGAGCUCGCUGUCCGACACCAUCAGGAUGCAGAGGAGGCGGCGCCGGCGCCGGCAAGCGCGGAGGGUCAAAAUCCAUCUGGGGGCCUGA